AUGCCAAUUCCAUCUCGAAAACGACCGCUUCUGGCUGCUACGAAAGUGGCACCUGCUGCAAAGCCGGCCAGUACUGUAGCAUUGGAACGCAUUUUGGAUGGCAGUGACGCCCAAAAACGUCAUAAGAAGAAGCUGCUCCAAAUGAAACGAAAAAAGCAAACUAGUCUCUCCUUGUUUCCAAACAAUCCAGGCAACAAGCCCAGUUUACAUUCAAGUGCCUCUACAAGCGGUAGAAGUAGCAACAGCAGUAACAGCUCCAAUCGAUUGACAAAUUCACUAUCCAGAGGAACGAAUUCGACGACUACCAGUCCAUUUGCAAGGUCAACCGCACAGGCAGCAUCCACCAUGAAGAAUCAAUGGUCUCGAAUGAUUCAAAACAGCAGCAGUAAUAACAACCAUGAUAGCAGCAAGAGAAGCACUAGUGGCAUUGGUAGCAGUAGUAGACUUGGUGGGUUGGCCAAUGUUCCCGGAUUUCGAAAAUCGAAAACGGCAGCCAAGAAGAGUUCCUUGUCUGGUUUCCAAACAAAACAUUCCAAGCCAAGUAUUACAAAGACGAAAAGGACUUCGCUGAGUACCCUCAUUCGAAAUGUGGAGGAUACUGCUGCUAUUGGAACAAACAAUGUUAUUCACAAGAAACCAAGGCUGGCCACCACCAUGAGCAACAAGUCUCCAUUCUUUUCGUCUUCCAUACCGACCGACAGCCUCGCCCAAACUGGAACACGGCUAGGCUUUGCUACUGCUGAACCACUGUCAACGGCGAAAACGGCAACAGCAACAAGAAGAGAAGUAGAAGCAAACACAAUGUCCAAUAACAACAUCAUUGGCAAAGCAGCAACUUCGAAACCGCUUAUGGGACUCCGCCUCGGUUCCAAGCACAAGAACUACCGGAGCAACAGUCACAGCACCGUUGACCAUCGACGACCCUUCCCUUGUUCAGUGCAAAAUGAUAAUAAGGACGAUGAUGACGAUGAUGAUAUUGAAAUUGUCAACGUGCUUCCUCCUCCUCCUCCCGAUGCCCCCAUCAUUCCAACACCCAAACAGCCGAGUGCUACCACCAAUGUGCAUUACGACGAUGGGUUUUCGGGUAGUGACGACGACGACGAUGAUGAUGACGAUAUACAAGUGGUAAAGGUGGUAGCGUCACCAGAAAAGACGCCCACGCCGUUAUCCACAACGCAACCGCAGCAGCUACAAAAGCCCAAACAACCUGUCAAGAAGAAAAAGACAAUCUUCACGACCGCCUCGCUCUUAAAAUCGACCGAAGCUACUCACCAGCUACUUGUUGGAUUGAACGAUGACAAAAAGAAAGUAUCCUUUAAGGCUCCCGCUGCUCCAAAGGAUACUCCUUCCGUUCCACCACCUGCCUAUCAACGUCGCUCAGAUGUUGUCAUGGCUCAAAGAGAGGAGGAGGAAAUUAGGGCCAAGGAGAAACAAAGUGGCAACAAGUUGCCGUCAAAAAGCAAGAUGAGCAAUGAGAUGAACAAACCACCAACCGCAUCUGAUUCAAAAUUUUCUUUCUCUUCGUCACGAUCGCAAAAACCAAGCAAGGUCAAUGAUAACUUUGUACGACUCAACAUGCGCAAUAGUGCAGGGUCUUGUCGUGGAGCCAAGAACAAGAAGAAAAGAAGCCGGUGGGAAGAACGGUACCAGGAACGAAAUGGAAAGGAAAAUGGUGAUGGUAAGAACAAUAGUUGGAAAAAGGAUUCCUAUGAAUCUCGCAGUAGUGCGGGUAACUUUUAUACCUCCAAGCGAACGGGUCUGGAUCCAUUGGACGACUAUAUGGAUGGAGUCUUUCAUGAUAAAAAGUCAUCGUCACAACAAACAAAGAGCAAAGAUCCAAAGUCAAAGGCACCACCCUCAACAACUUGUACACUUCCAAAGUGUGCAAGGCACCAAAAACCUUGCAAACUGGUUGUGGUAAAGAAGACUUCGACUGGCAACAAGGGCCGCAAGUUUUAUGCUUGCUCCAUGCCUCGGGGAGAACAGUGCAAUCACUUUGAAUGGGCGGAUGAUACACUGGAAGCAGCUCGAGCGGCUCUGGCCGACAAUGACUCGAAUUGCUCUGGAUUCAUUCAACGACAAGUGGCGGCCUAUGUCGAACGAUUCCGUACUCUUACCGUUCCAGAAUUGCGGGCAGAGGCUACGAAACGAAACUUGAGAAAGACCGGAAAGAAGAAGGAACUCUUGUUUCGGUUGGCACUCUGGGCCCGUGACGAAAUUGCGACUUCUGUAGAGGAAGAUAAUGUUGCGAGCAUUAAGGUUUCGGUCAAGGGUGAUGACUCUGAAAGUUCGAGUGACGAGGAUGAUUCCGACGCUUCCGAAGACGAACUUGAGAUUUUUCACGCAGACGAAAAGAAGAAUUCUUCCAACACAGAUGGCAACGACAAGAGUUGCGGGUCUAUGGAUCUUGAAGACGGAGAAAUUAGUUGCACUGCAUCAAAAUCGAAGAUAUCUGGGAUGCAUGCGAUGCUGUCGCAAGUGUUUGGGCACUCGAGCUUCCGUGAGGGUCAAGAGUGGGCAAUUCAAAGGUGUCUGGACGAGAAGAAGAGUCUGCUCGUUGCCCCAACAGGCUUUGGAAAAUCUCUGUGUUAUGCUUUGCCAGCCUCCAUGUUGGAUGGGGUAACAGUAGUUAUCUCUCCUCUGGUGUCGUUGAUUCAGGAUCAACUCAGGGCUCUUCCGCCACGUGUACCAGCGGCUACCCUUUCCGGCUCCAUAUCAGUUGCCAAGGCAGCAGCAAUCGUUGACGACAUUAUUCAUAAGAGAAUCAAGGUUCUAUUUGUAUCCCCAGAACGGCUGGCAAGUCCAUCAUUUCAGCGACUCUUCCGGACCAAAUGGAAUCCAAACACAAAUCAGUACGAGCGCAAGUUUCCAAAGAUCUCGCUAUUAUGUAUUGAUGAAGCCCAUUGUGUAAGCCAAUGGGCACACAACUUUCGUCCGUGCUUUUUAAGAUUUCAGAAUAUCUUGGCUACCAUGGCGCCGAAAUCAAUAUUGGCCAUAACUGCUACGGCUGGCCCUCGUGUCAUUGAUGACAUUUGCCAGACCAUCGGAAUCGUCGAAGAAAAGAGUCAUCCAGACAACAAGGAUGAUAGCGUCCAAGUUCUUGAAAGUGGACGCGAUAACAUUGAUGUAUCGUGCCACUUUGUGACGAGUCAAGAAGAGCGUUUGAUCAUGCUUUCCAAAAUUUUGUCGCCACUAACCAAGGGAAAACAAAAUGGUGCAGCUAAGAUUCACUUUGGUAGUCUUUCAAAGGGUUCAGUUAUUGUCUAUGUCUGGCGGCAAAAAGACACUGAAGUAGUGGCAGAGAGUCUGAAUGCAGCUGGUGUGGAGGGCGGAGUUGUUAUGUAUCAUGGAGGGAUGGAUGCGGGUGCCAGAAGUAGAUCCCAGAGCAUGUUCAUGAGAGGAAAAGCAAGAAUCUGUGUUGCGACAGUCGCCUUUGGAAUGGGUAUUGACAAAGCUGAUGUGGUUGGUGUUGUUCACAUGUACAUGUCUUCUUCUCCAGAGCAUUACAUGCAAGAAAUUGGUCGGGCUGGACGAGACGGCCGGCAGGCCAAGGCAAUCGCGUUGCCCAUGAUGGAAGAGGUCCCUCGUCGUCACUCUCUAGAACACUCAAGUAUUAUUUCAAAGAGUCAAAUCAGGGCACUUUUAUAUGCAAUCCGCGAGGUUGUGCUGCGCAGCAAGAGAAGCAUAGAAGAUACUGGAAAUCUGCCUCUGCAAGUAGCUUUGCCUGUUCGCAGUAGCGUCUUAGGGUGUGACUGCAAAUCAGAAACCAUAGAAACUCUGCUAUCGCUGAUCGAACAAGACGGCGGGAGCGAUCCAUUUAUCCAAGUUGUUGGUUUCAACUACGACCGUGCCAUCAUUGCUUUGAAGAAGCGGUCGCUAGAAAAACUAGCAGAACGAGAAGCCGUUGCUGCGUCCAUUCAUAAAGUUUGCCAGUGCUUCAAUCCACCGAUUGGAGAAGAAAGCAAAGGCACACCGGAAAUUGAAAGUACUGACUAUCAGGUUCCGGAAUCCUUUCAACGUCAGUUCCUUGCCUACAGUCUUGGCGCGUAUACCUUCUCGAUUGUUGACUGCGCCACAGUGCUUGGUCCAUCAGCAGAACCUCGACACGUCUUUGCGGCUCUUCGUAGAAUGCAAUCAAUGAACGAGCUUGAGAUGUCACUGGACACCAGUGAUAAUGGACGAGUCUUCCAUUUGCGCGUUUCUCCACGAGGCCAUCUUUUCUUCGCAAGUAACGACUUUGACGAUCACGUUGCUGACCUCACUGACACCCUAUACGAAAGAUUCUCAUCUUCAAUUUUCUCAGGCGCCAGCAAAGUUCUGGACAUGGCCUACAUUUUGAAUGAAGUUGGUGAAGCUUGUGAGAGUUCCGAAGUUCUGGACACAGGAAAAUCGACAAAUCUGGUCCGAUUUCAAGAACUUUGUCAACAGUAUCUAGAUGGAGACUUGGACAAGUCAGUAUCGGAUGUCAAGGAAGCCUUGCCUUCAUCGUUUUCCAACCUGAAAGAGCGAGAUUUGUCCCCCGACAUUAUGACUGUUGUGCAAAACUUGCCCCAGCUGGCAACGAAGGUGGAAAAAGCAUCGUUUGCCACCGUAUUUGGUGCAUCCGACAAUUUGGACUAUACGGCGCUCGCUGUUACUAAGUUCCUGCAUGGCAUUGAUUCACCUCGAGCUCCACUGAUGACUUUCCGAAACCAUCCAUUGUUUGGAAGGUGGGAAGGCGCUGAAUUCUCACUUGUCCUCGAAGCAGUCACAAAGUACCUUGCCCCACUUGAAAAGGCUCCUUGA